CUCUGGCAGGUGGUGCUUUGUCUUUAGGCACAUUUUGUCAACACAGACUGUGAAGGCUCAGAUGUCUCUAUCAGCUCUUUGAAUGGUUGAUCGCUGUCUGGAGCUCUACCAGCAGCAUCCUGCAGCAUCCAUAUCAAAAUCGACCACAGGUGUUGUCCUGCGCGGGCCAGUAAAAACAAAGCCUUUAAAUAGCAUGUAUGAGCGGAUGUGUCACCACAAGGGCAGGCAGGGGCGGGGAGGACGGAUUGGAGAAUGGGGGGCGUUAGGACCCAGCAGCGCCUCUGUCUGCCCCGCUCUGACGUUCUGGAGGCAGACGUGCAGGUUGAAACGCUGCUGCGGUACUGAGGCAGGAUAGGGACAGCCCACGGCUGCAUCAUCCGGCAAGACUCUCAACAGUUUACUCUGUGCAUUUCUGGUCUACAGGUCCACACGACUUCAACACGAUCUAACCAGAAAGACACAUUCCUUUUUUACAUCAGCGUUAAUCAGACGUCUCUCACAGCUGGACGACAUCCGAACAUCAAUGUCAUGUGGCAUUUUUAUUUCUGGGACUACUGCGUGAAUUUCAUCUGGUCGCGUUGUGCGUGAUCUUUAUUGAUGUUUUAGAAGCGAUCUCAUCCUGCAGGAAUCGACUGCAGCAGCAUCCAGGCAGAAGGUGGAAGCCUGCGGAGAUCUGUGGAGUCAGAACGUCCACGAGUCAGGAAGUGUUUUAAUCUCUGAUCCAGUGCAAUUGACAUUUGUUCAGUCCAUGACUGCUGAUAUGCAUCACGUGGGAUUGUGAAGAUUUGUGAGGAGAGCCCUUCAUCAGAAACUGUCAUCUUGUUGGCUCCAUUAAGGCACAGCCAUAAAGCAUCAUGGGAGGUGUUGCAGUGGAUGAUGGAGCACCGGGUGUGAAGGCUCCAGAUGGAGGAUGGGGCUGGGCAGUGCUGGCCGGAUGUUUUGUCAUCACAGGCUUUUCCUAUGCAUUCCCUAAGGCAGUCAGUGUUUUCUUCAAAGAGCUGAUCCGGGAGUUUGGUGUUGGAUACAGUGACACUGCCUGGAUCUCGUCCAUCCUGCUGGCCAUGCUUUAUGGCACAGGUCCUCUAUGCAGUGUGCUGGUGAACCGUUUCGGCUGUCGGCCUGUGAUGAUGGUGGGAGGCCUCUUUGCCUCUUUAGGGAUGAUCCUGGCCUCCUUCUCCACCAGCAUCAUCCACAUCUACCUCACUACUGGAGUCAUCACAGGUCUUGGAUUAUCUCUGAACUUCCAGCCAUCUCUAAUCAUGCUGAAUCGUUACUUUAGUGAGAAGCGUCCUCUGGCCAAUGGCCUUUCAGCUGCUGGGAGCCCUGUGGUCCUGUGCUGCCUCUCGCCUCUGGGUCAGGUUCUUCAGUACCAGUAUGGAUGGAGGGGAGGUUUCCUCAUUCUUGGUGGGCUUCUAUUGAACUGCUGUGUGUGCGGGGCCCUCAUGAAGCCUCUUGUUGCUCCUAUGACAAAGGAUUUGGGAGACAAGGGGAUAGAGAAGAAGAAGGUCAAACCAAAACUACUGGACUUCUCUGUAUUCAAAGAUGAAGGGUUUGUCAUCUACACCGUAGCCGCAUCCAUCAUGGUGCUGGGCUUGUUUGUACCACCAGUGUUUGUUGUGAGCUAUGCUAAGGAGCUGGGAAAUGAGGACACCAAGUCUGCACUCCUGCUCACCAUCCUGGGUUUCAUUGAUAUGUUUGCACGACCAACCUGUGGUGUGAUUGCUGGACUGAAAUGGGUUCGGCCUCGUUGUGUAUACUUCUUCAGCUUUGCAAUGCUUUUCAAUGGAACUGCUGACCUGAUUGGCUCACAGUCCAAAGACUAUGCAUCUCUGGUAGUUUUCUGCAUCUUCUUUGGCAUCUCCUAUGGCAUGGUGGGUGCACUGCAGUUUGAAGUGCUAAUGACUAUAGUGGGCACUGAAAAAUUCUCCAGUGCAAUUGGCCUUGUCCUACUAAUGGAGGCUAUUGCUGUGCUGGUGGGACCACCGGGUGCAGGUCGGCUUCUCGAUGCUACCAAGAACUACAUGUACGUCUUCCUGCUGGCAGGAUGUGAGGUGGUGCUUUCAGCAAUGGUUCUAGCUACUUGCAACUUCUUGUUUAUCAAGAAGAAGCCCUCUGCACCAGCAGACAACCUUGAAAGCAUCACACUGACAGAUGAUUGUAAUAUGAAGAUGUGUAGCAACAGGGCAGAAGGGAAUGAUGAUGAAGAGAAGGGAGAGAGAGAAGAGCAAGAAAAGAUUAUUAAGGAGGAGAAGAAUAAAGACAAUGAAGGAAUAGAUGAUGUCCGACCAAAGAGUGUAACGGUUGAUUCACAGGAGGUGGAGAGGUUCUUGAAAGAACCGCAGCCAAAUGGUAACAUGGCUGCUUCUCCGGAAACCUGUCUUUAAGUAAAAUCAUUUAUUCAACAGCUUAGUGAAAUGUGCUAGUUAGAAACAUACCUGGCCCUAAGGUUUGCCCAUAUUUAAACGUUUGAGCGACGUGUUUAUGUCUGUUACUUAAAGUAGCUGUGUAAUACUGCUACUGCUCCCAUCUAUAUGAUUAACACUUGAUGUUUAAAUAAGAAAACUAAGCUGUAGUGCUGCCAUGUGUAUACAGUUUCUAUCAAAUGUUGAAAUACUUUUUUAUGGAUGUCGCCACCAGCAAAUGAUAUUAAUGGAUAAUUUUGUCACAAUUCUGCAAUUCAAGCAUUAACAAAUCACAUGAAAAGCUUAUUGGCACAGAUGAAAGUAAACUCACUAAAAGAAAACAAAACAAUGAAGCAUCUCUGUUAGCAUGAAACAGCCUGCUUUUAAUGGAACUUGAUACAUUUUCAGAACAGUGAGGAAAGUGUAAAUGAUCUGAUUUGAGACCAUGUGGCACAUUGGACCAGUCACUAGAGGAAGGUCACCAGACACAGAGACUGCCUCAUAAACACAUUAGACAGCAUCACCAGCACUUGAUGUAGUUGGAUUAGGUCAUCCAUUUUUAAUAUGUUUGAGGCUGUGUGAUUGUAUAAAAUAAUUGCGUAACAUGUGGUGCAUACUACAUACACUGUGGCCCAAUGUUAAAACCAGUAGGUGUAGGAAAACAUCUACAGUGCCUUGCGAACGUAUUCAUUCUGAUCAAACCUUUUCAUUUUCGUGUGCAUGUUAUAUCUGAUCAGGUUUCCUUAACUGUUCAUGGGUGUAGGAAGAUUUUUAGAAAGCAAAGUUUAGUCUGGAAAGCACUACUGAGGCAUUUUUUCAUCUGACCAGAGCACCUUUCACAUUUAUGCUGCAGUCCCAACA